UCCAAACACUUUUGGAGAACCAGUUUGACGAUGGAGCUCCAUCACCUUCUCCCGAUACCUAACGACAUCUGCAACUCCCUCUUAGCAGCUCAACAUGCUGCGCGCUUCCAUUCGGAGGAGUCAAUUAGCUGCUUCUAAAGUCACAGCGGCUCAAUGGGUUCCUGCGCGGUAUUCCCAGGCUAGAUACGCAAUACCUGGUCAGAGAUCUUUUGCAGAUUCCAGAAAACCUGAUGAGACUGUAUUCCCAGGCUCACAGAGCUCCAAGGCCGCCGAUGCACCUACCCCAAUCGCAAUUGACAACAACCUUACUGCGACCGUACCAUCAACGUUAGGUGAUCGUCCUACAGUCGAUCCCAAGGCGACUCCUACCUUGGGAACUGGAACUGCUGCUGUCGCACCUCCACCUAGUCCGACUCCUGCUGCUUCCGCUGUCCCUCCGCCCCCGUCGGCCCUGCCGGCGAAAAAGCCCAGACGAUGGUUCCGCCGCUUUCUCCUAUACUCUAUUUUACUGUCGGUAUUGGGCUAUGGCGGAGGUGUGUACUACUCGCUCCAUUCGGAUAACUUCCACGAUUUCUUCACUGAAUACGUGCCUUUCGGAGAAGACGCUGUGGGCUACUUUGAAGAGAGGGAGUUCCGGAGGCGCUUCCAAGGCACCGCCAAGAAUAGCCCACUGCAUCCACAAGUGCGCGGCGAGAACAAAGUGACAAUACCAAGCAAGAGUGGGACGUCUGCAAGGGCCGUCAGCGAUCUAGGUUCUGCUGGAAGACAUACCAGUGCUCUGGAAGAGAAUACCCCAAAACCAAUCUCUGGGUCCGCAAAGCCUGCCCAAGAAGCCAAGGCUGAAAAGCCUACAGACUCUCACUCGCAUGAUCUACUUCCAAAGAGUCAAGAAGCCAAGGUGAAGACCGAAGCACCUACGAAAAAGGCAGUGUCAGAACAAGCAAAAGCUGCAGCACCUUCGACUCCAGCCGCACUCAUUGACAAUAUCUCGAUCAAAGAAGGCACUGAGCCUGCGGUACAGGACCUGGUAAAGAUCUUGAACAACAUAAUUACUGUAAUAAACGCAGACAACGCUUCUGGAAAAUAUUCGUCUACGAUCACGCAGGCAAAACAAGAUCUUGGAAAAGUCAUCGAGGAUAUUACAACCCUGAAAGCGGUCGAGAAGAAAGCAUCGGACGACAAAGUCAAGGCAGCCCAUGCUGAGUUCGAUGAUGCUGCUAAAAAUCUCGUCUCGCGCCUAGAAUCAGAAAUGAAGGAGCAGGAGACACACUUCAAGGAAGAGUACGAAGCUGAGCGCGAGAGGCUAGCCCAGAGCUACAACCAUCGUCUUGAAGUUGAACUCGACAGCGCGCAAAAGGUUUAUGAGCAGCGUGUCAAGAACGAGCUCGCGGAACAGUCUAUUGCACUACAACGCAAGUUCGCCGAGUCCAUUCGGAGCCAUGUUGAAGCAGAGCGCGACGGUCGUCUCUCGAAGCUGAACGACCUGUCGAACAGUGUGUCUGAGCUGGAGAAACUUACUGGUGCAUGGAAUGAUGUCGUUGAUGCGAAUCUCAAGACUCAACAUCUCGUGGUCGCGGUUGAGGCUGUCCGUGCUUCCAUUGAGCACGCCGAAAAGCCAACACCCUUCCUAUCGGAGCUUGCGGCGUUGAAGGAGGUCGCUAACGACUCUCCUGUCGUGUCUGCUGCCAUCGCGUCCAUCAACCCAACGGCAUACCAGCGUGGCAUCCCGACGCCGGCACAAAUAAUCGAUCGCUUCAGAAGGGUUGCCUCAGAGGUCCGCAAGGCUUCUUUACUUCCUGAAAAUGCAGGUGUAGCAAGUCAUCUUGCUAGUGCUGUGCUUAGCAAGGUGAUGUUCAAGAAGCAAGGGUUGCCCAUAGGGGAUGACGUCGAGAGUGUUCUCACAAGAACGGAGGUUUUGCUUGAGGAGGGCGACCUUGACGGUGCUGCGCGUGAGAUGAAUGGCCUGAACGGAUGGGCAAAGCUGUUGGCGAAAGAUUGGUUGAGUGAUACUAGAAAAGUAUUGGAAGUCAGACAGGCGCUUGAUGUCAUGUCUACGGAAGCGAGGUUACAAAGCUUGUUGGUCGAUUAGUUUCAUAGACGUUGAUGUCGAUAGAAGUGUUAAACGGCUUAUAUAGACUGCAGCAAACAUGCCCAGCUUUCAAUUUCCUCUGUAAUUGUACUCAUGUACACUAAGUAGAAAUUAGGUAGGAUAGAUGCAUUGAGCAGUCUGCCGCCUCUGGAUAUACGUUAAGUGGUAACCUAGUGUACUGUGUGGCUGAUAUC